CCCCGGCCAGGCCGGCGGCAUGGAGGCGGCGCGCUACGGCGGCGCCGGGGAGCUGAGGCUGCACAUAGUUACCUGGAAUGUGGGCACAGCUUCUCCACCGCCGGAUGUCACUAGUUUACUUCAGCUCAAUUCACUGGGUCCAGCUAUGGAUAUGUAUGUUAUUGGCUUACAGGAAGUGAACUCAAAGAUCACAAAUUUUCUCUCUGACUUGGCAUUUGAUGAUCCUUGGAGCAUUUUUUUCAUGAAUGUGCUCUCACCAUUGGGCUACGUCAAGCUCUCCUCUGUUCGCAUGCAGGGAUUGCUCCUUCUGAUCUUUGUGAAGCACGUCCACCUGCCUUUCCUACGGGACAUUCAUACCCAAUACACACGCACAGGCCUCUAUGGAUACUGGGGGAACAAAGGAGGAGUUGCCAUUCGCAUGUCCCUCUAUGGCCAUACUGUUUGUUUCAUGAACUGCCAUUUGCCAGCUCACAUGGAGAACACGGAGCAGCGGUUGGAUGACUUUGAGAAAAUUCUGGAAAUGCAAUUUGAAGAAGAGAAUAUUCCCAGUACUCUGGAUCAUGACAUUCUCUUUUGGUUUGGAGAUCUAAACUUCCGAAUAGCAGAUUAUGGCAUUCAUUUUGUGCGAGAAUCGAUAAAUAACAGACGUUACAAUCUACUGUGGGAAAAGGACCAGUUAAAUAUGGCGAAGAAGAAGGAAGCAUUUCUUCAGGAUUUCAUAGAGGGUCCUCUGCAGUUUAAACCUACCUACAAGUUUGACCUUUAUUCAGAUGUAUAUGAUACAAGAGAACAGAAGUCCCUGUUUUGGUUUAAUGAGAAGAAAAGAAAGCCAGCUUGGACAGAUAGAGUUCUUUGGAGAGUGAAGAAUCUCUGCCAGCAUACAUCAAAAGAAACUGAAUUACCUGAAGAAGAACAGACAAUAUCUGUUACUUUGAAUAACUAUAUCAGUCACAUGAGUUAUGGCAUCAGUGAUCACAAACCUGUUACAGGAACUUUUGGGCUUGAGGUGAAGCCUCUUUUGUCAAUUCCUUCUGUCAUAUUGAAACCUGAGGGUGAAUGGAGUGCUGAACAUGAUGUUGUAAUCAGUUAUUCUGCAGUGCCUGAGUUCCCAAGCAGUACUUGGGACUGGAUUGGACUUUUCAAGGUGACGUUCAAGCAUGUAAAUGACUAUGUCACUUACGCUUGGGUAAAAGAUGAUGAGAUUUCUUCUAACAAUGACAGCAAACAAGUUUACAUGAAUGCUGAAGAAAUACCUAAUAUGGGAGGAGAAUUUGUGCUUUGUUAUUACAGCAAUAAUAUGCAGUCAAUAGUUGGUGUCAGCCAGCCUUUUCAGAUUCAGCCAAACAGAACAUUAAUAGGAAAGGAUCUGGCACAGGAAGAGUUCAGUUGGAUGCGAAAACCUGACAAUCUGGAAUCACAUAACGAAUUCUGAAGUCAGAAAAGGCUUUUUCUAGUCCUCAUUCAGGAGUCAGAGAUGACUGCCUUCUUUCUCUUAGUAAUUAUAGGCGUUUCUUCUUAGAAGAUGAAGUCAGGUAGUGCAAGGGUCCUACAGGUAGGGCUGUUUAGAAACUUUAUAAGCUCAUAGAAGAUAAUGUAUUGUGGAAACAGGUGUUUUUAUUGUUACAAUGAGAGUAACUCUGAUGUUCCACUGGAUGGGAACUGUAAAAAUAGCACCUAACAAGCAGACGUUUGUAAUUCAGUGACUCAGCUUACAAGUAAGUUGCAUUCCAUAACAGAUUUUGGACCUGCUCCUUUUUUUUUUUUUUCCAGAGAAUAUUUUAUUAGUGAUAUGCUUCAGAGUUGUAAUCACUUAAUUGCUGAUGUUUGAGUUUAACUGAAGUUAUUUUUAAAAGUAUUUAUUAGAUACAGUUAUCUAGCUUAUUUUAAUCUUUUAUUUGACUUUUAAAUGUAAGCUAAUUUGUAACCUUUUGAGAAACACAUGUGACAACAGGUCCCAUGAAAACAAAAUUUUUAGAGCAUGUAAGUUCUCCUUUGGUAAUAGAGUCCUUUUUCUUCUGCCUUACUUCUCACUUACAAUUCUUGCAGGAUUUUCCAUCUGUAAUUCUUCCAGAAUUGAUAUAUCAGUUCAGCAAUUGAUAUAUAGUGAUAUAUCAAUCAAAAUACGCUUUUUCUGAUUUUUUUGAUUCUUCUUUUAUAAAGUAAUUUAUAUAACAAUUUGUCUGUUCCCUUUCUCUCUUUGAUUGAAAGAUAAACACAUACUAGUUAAUGAUUUGGAGUUAAACUAAGAUCACACCUUUCAGAGAGAUAUGUCUCAUGUAAAGAAAUGAUUUAGUAUAGGUUAGCAGAGAAGUUCAAAAAGCAUUUGAGGAAGAACUGGGCGAUUAUGGCAAUAUCCUUGUUUUCCCCUGUCAUGUUGUAUUUAGAAACUUAAAGCCAUAUUUAAGUAUUUCUGUGAUGGCAUUUUGCCACAUAAAUAAUUGCUACACUUACUACAGAGACCACAUGAUUUAUAAAUAGAGAAUUUAAAUGGAACAAGCUCUUUCUUAUGGCAUAAUCCAUGCUACCAAAAACUAUAAGUCUCUUCAGUUUAUAGUAAUCAGUCCGCAAAAUUUCUUUUUUUUUCAGAGGUGCUUCUACUUAAAUGUAUCUUCUACAUUUGGGAGUGGAGAUAGAAUGAUAAAGAUCAAAUAACUUAAAAAAAAAAAAAAAAGUCAUUAGCUUUAGAAGUGGGUUUGUUUGAUGAGGAAGUAGAGAUACCUGAGAAGGAUUGGAAGUAACUCGGUAGCUCUGAAUGUUCCUUGGGAUCUGAGGCUGCAGUGCUGAGCAAGAGCACUGGUUAGUCUCCCAUGUUCUAGAUACAGCUUUCAACAGCCUAACAUGCGUGAUAAGUAGGUUUAGGAACUAAUCACUGCACUGUUGGUUUGAAAGGAAAAUAGAAAAUUCAGCUCAAAUGAAAGAGAGAAGCAGAGAACAUUGAUGUGUGUUUUGGAGUGUUGCCUGGGGACUGAAUGGAUUCCUUUUUGCUCAGGUUCUCAAAGUGUUGGUUGUUCUUAGGAUUUUUUGACAAGAAAGAGAAAUGAGCACUCUGUGAUACCUGUUUUAGAUAAAUUUCUGGGGUUUAAGAGUCUUUAACUCUGUUAGGGUUUGCACUCUCUACAGAUUGUUUACUUUUGUUGCAGUUUGAAGUUUAAGAGCACUUAGCCUGUAAAGUUUAGCUUUAUCUUAGCCUAAUGUUUGGUGUUGAGAAUGGUUUCUGAUUGUCCACAGUGAUGGCAGGUUUAGUUCAGUGCACUGAUUCAAUCUAGCUUGAUGCUGACACCUAGUAGUCUUAUUACACUUUGGAGCAAUAUUGAAAACCCUUUUCAUAUUUGUACCAAUCUUGCAAGACUUUCUUUUGUACUAAAGCUUUCAAAUACUUUACUUUCCACGGCAAUUACAUCUUGAGAUAAAUCCCUCCUAAACUUCAAAUAAUCUGCAGUUUUUGAGUUCUUGCUCCGCUUCUACUAUUACUUGUGUGAUUGUAUUACGUGUUCCAUGCAAGGAGAUUCCAGCGGAGGGCUCAAAGCUGAAAGAAUUGUGGUCUCUGAAUUCCAGACUGCAGCUGGUGACAUAACUAUGGACCAAGAUCCAGUUUCUUCUAAUCAGGGUGCAUCUGCCAUUCAGGAAC